AGGGCUGGCGCGGGCUCCGCCCCCCGGGUAGGGACCUACAGCGGGCGCGGCGCCGGCGGUCUGCGGCCGGUGGUGUAGACGCCCCUUCGCCGGUACCUGGCACCUGGAUCCGGCCUGCUGGGCCUCUUUGUGCAGCGCCUUGCUGGGGCCCAGGGUACUGAUGUAGAAGCCUACACCAGGGCCUGAAGUUGUGAAACUCGUGGCACGCCACACCUGAGAAGAGAAGGCCUGAAAGAGAAGGAAGAGCCCAUGGUACUUGCCAUGUUUUUGACUUAAAUCUGCAACUCCAAGGCUCCAGGCAGGAAGUAAGAACAGUGCUCAAGUGGCAGCAGAUACUGACUAUAUAGCUUCAUCUCACAGCUUCACACAGCAAGGUAGCAAACAAGGAAUGUGAGAUUGGACACAGUUGCUGCUGUUCACCAAAUCUGUGAUCUUCAAAAAGCCAUCUAGCUUCUCCAGACCUGUUACCAGAGAAAAAGCAGAUAAUUGAAGGCUGGCUUCAAGAAGUUUGGAGUGUUACCUGGAAUAUCAGAGAAUUGAAAGCAGUCAUAUUUUGGGAUCAUGCGCCUACUGUGGCAGUAUAUAAAAAAAGAUAAGUAUGCACCCAAGAAGUAGCUGCUCCUCUACCUAUCACGAACUGUAUAGAAGGAUGUCUCCUAAGGAUUUUAUCAUGUGAAAGCUUUCUGAACUUUAGUCGGCUCUUUUUAGAAAUGCAGAUAAAGAAGAUGAAGGAUAUCGGACAGCAGCUGUACAGUACACACGUGAACGGCGGACAUAAUUCCUUGACCAUGUCACCGAAACAGCCUGAUGCUAAUGGAGCACCUCGACCAGAUAGACAGGAAACACCAACCAUUUUGUAUCAAGGCUCAGAGGCAGAGGGUGCCAUGAUGACCAUUGCUACGUGUGCAAAGUGCAAAAGUGUUCACAAGAUCUCUCUUCAGGAUUUGCAGAAGGGUACAGGGAAGGACGGUAUGUAUGUCUGCUUCCAGUGUAGCCUCGGUGCAGCUUCUCCCAGUUUUCAUUUUGUGAGCAAUAAUCCCAGUGCUACUCAUGUUGGAAAUAGAGCUGACACCUUCUCAAGUUCUGUUAAUAACAAAUUUAAGGUAAGGAACUUUAAGCCAGGCAAAUACUAUUGUGAUAAAUGUCGAUUUUCCACAAAGGACCCGCUGCAGUACAAAAAGCACACCCUUCAACAUGAGGAGAUUAAAUUCAUUUGUUCUCACUGCAGCUACAUUUCAUACACAAAAGGGGAGUUUCAGAGGCAUUUGGUGAAACACACAGGCAUAUUUCCUUAUCAGUGUGAGUAUUGUGACUAUGGUGCUAUUAGAAAUGAUUAUAUUGUCAAACACACCAAGAGAGUACAUGAAAGGGCAGGUGCAAAACGGCCAGUCAAAGCUGUUGCCAAGCCGGAGCCAAAAAGAACCGGCACUUCAAAACAAAACCCAGACCUUUUAAAAGCAUCCAGUCAACGGGCUGCAAUUCAAAAUAAGUGGUCAGAUCAACUAUCAGGUUUCUCUCUCCAUGCAAAUAAAGACAAAAUGCACAAUAUCAUGUUACCCGAACCAAAGGAAUACGAAAAAGAUGUAGUUUGUAUUCCAAAUAAAAUGACCCUUUCUGAGCCAACUGAAGUGAAUCUGUUUGAGAACAAAAAUGUUGAAGUAGAAGUGUUAUCCCCUGCGAAAGAACCUGUUCAGCCAGGUAUGCCGUUGACAGUUGUUGCACCAGCAGAACUAGUUGUCCCUGCAAACUGUUUAGCCCAGUUGAUAGACGUGAAGGUUGUCAAUGGUACACAGCAGGUUGUUCUGAAACUGUUUCCGCUGGAAGAAAAUACUUGCCUUGAAGCUGGGAGGGGCAAUGAAGGUAAUUCUGAACAUAUGGCGAAAGAGAAGGGUUCAGAUGAACAAGAAAAAAUACUUUCUGCAGAAAAAACAAAGUCACUGACGAUUGAUGAGAAUGUUGGAAAACUUGUGGGCAUUGAUAGUUUUCAAUCUUCAGUUCAAAAACAACUUAAAAAUAUGAAAUGGGUAAGGUCUUACGAUUUUAUUAUGCCAGAUUCUAGUGUGCACCACCAUGGAAAAUCCUUCCUUCAUUCUGAAACAAUUGAGGAUUUUCAGAAAAAAAAUAAUUUGUAUCCACAUAGAACUGCUUUUCCUUCUGUUGCCUUAAAAGGUCAUUCUCUAGCAUCUGUAUUGAAAAACAGUGUUUUACGUAGUCUUGGAGCUGCAUCAAACCCUUUUCCAUAUAAAGCUGUUUGUUUUGCUGAAAAUGGAAGAAAUUUACACAGUAAUUCAUUCCCUUUUGCUGCAUCACCUGCAACCUUUCCCUUUUCUGGAGAAAAGGGCUUAUUGCCUAUAAGUGAAAAUGACUUGGAAUCUAGAAGAAAGAUGAGUAUUCCUGUAAAAAUGAUUUCCUCUAUUAGGAAGCAGGAAGAUAACCAGACAGAGGAACACAAGGUGGUUUCAAGUGUAGGCCAGAUUUCCUCUCAACAUAAAAAUGAGUAUUUACAUAUUAACAUAACCGGAGAAGAUAGACCUCAACAGCCUGGGGAUAAGCCUUUGGAAUUAAAUAAUUCUGAAAGGACUAAUAACACUAAUGAUGGCCCAGUCAUCUCAUCAGUAUUUUCUCUGAGCUCUGGAUCUGAAAAUGUCCCCGAGGGCAUCAGGUGGAAUAGCUCAACAUCUAAAAUAAAGUCAAUCGAACUGUUGCGCAGAAAGAUAGCUCAGUUAAUUGAGUCCUGUGGCAAGCCUUCAUCUUUGGCUUCAAAUAGUGCACAUCGUCGCUCUGUAGGGCAGGCGUCAAAGGUAACUUCAGAAGCUACCUCUGAAGGUAUUCAGGAAAUCAAUGUGUCACUCACUGGCCCUGACCAUCCCACAGGUACUCUUCAGAAAUCUCCGAAUGAUGGUGUUACUGGUAACAGACAACUUACUCAUCAACAAAUAUAUCCACAGUUUGCAGAUGGCAGUGUUAGGAAAACCAAAAGAAGAGUGGCCAGGAAGGCUCAUGUUGCCACACCAGUGUUAAUCCCCAAAGGGGCUGUGCUGAGGGUUCUUAAUUCCUCUGAGGAUGCCCACAUCAUAGAGGCUACAUGUGAAGCACCUGUCAGCAUACCUCGCAGCGAAACACAGUUAAAACCAGCUCCAUUUUGCCCUGUGAAACAGGCAGACUCAGACUUACAGCCUUUAAGAAGUGAAAGGGGGCCAAUAGAUAUGUCCCAAAAUCUUGAGACACCUCCAAGGCCUAAACUGAGAAAAGAGAGUGCUGUCUGUAGCACCAUCUCUAAAAAAACUGGCACUCUGCAUGGACAGCAAGGAAGCAGUGAAUUAAAUAAGCAAGGGAGACUGCUUUCCAGAAAUCUUUCUGUAAGUAGAAAUAAAACCAAACAAGUACACUUAGCCAAGAAGAAGAACAAAAUUCAGGCUGAACCCAGCCGUUCUCUCAAGGAUCCUUCAAUUUUUCAAGUUGCAAGACAACUUCGGCUGAUAGCAGCUAAGCCAGAUCAGUUGAUUAAGUGUCCCCGUCGGAACCAGCCAGUCAUUGUGUUAAACCACCCUGAUGUGGACUCACCAGAAGUGACCAAUGUGAUGAAGGUAAUAAAUAAAUACAAAGGCAAUGUCCUCAAAGUUGUUUUAUCAGAGAGGACUAGGUGUCAGCUAGGCAUCAGACGACAUCAUGUACGCCUGACCUACCAGAAUGCAGAAGAAGCCAGUCACGUUAAAAGGCAAAUGAUGUUGAAAAUGAAACUCAAAAAAGUUCAUAAAAACAACUACCAGGUAGUGGAUUCCUUGCCUGAUGACUCCUUACAGUGUGUGUUUAAGUGCUGGUUUUGUGGGCGGCUGUAUGAAGACCAGGAAGAGUGGAUGAGUCACGGCCAACGGCAUUUGAUAGAAGCAACUAGAGACUGGGAUGUGCUUUCCUCCAAGGGCAAAUAAGUAAACAGUUACUCUUUGAAGCAAUUUAUCUUUUAGUUUAUUCUGGUUUGGAGUCCCUGCACCCAGAAUAAGUAGCAGAAGAAAUAUAGACUGUAGAAAUGAGAGGACUGCUAAUUCUUCAUUCAGAACUGUAGGUAUAUUGGGAGCCAGGGGUCUGAACAUGAAGUAUGUGAUUGGAUCCCAGAAUGUAUUUGAGGUCCCUGAAAUUGUACACACAAAUUUGAUACAUACGCAUUUUUCUGGAGAGAGCCUGUGAAACUUUGAACAGAUUUUCAGUGGGAUUUGAGAGUUUUCUUUGUUUAGCACCCACUUUUCUAAGUACAUAGAGGUCUUUCAUAACCCAUUCAGAGGGGCAGACUGAAAAUGUUUUACACAUGCUCUUCAUAUAAAUACUACUGAAGAAUUAAACCUAUG